CGCUCCGCGCUCCUCCCCGCGCCGCCGGGUGUCUGUCCCUCCGUAGACGGAAGCCGAGGAGGGACGAGGGAGCCGGGAGGUCGUGAGAGGCGCGAUGGGGGACUCCAAAGUCAAGGUGGCGGUGCGCGUCCGCCCCAUGAACCGGCGAGAGCUUGAUCUGCAUACAAAAUGUGUGGUGGAUGUGGAUGCAAACAAGGUUAUUCUUCAUCCUGUAAACACCAACCUUUCAAAAGGAGAUGCCAGUAGGACCCAACCAAAGGUGUUUGCUUACGAUCACUGCUUUUGGUCUAUGGAUGAAUCUGUUAAAGAAAAAUAUGCAGGUCAAGAUGUUGUUUUCAAGUGCCUUGGAGAGAAUAUUCUUCAGAAUGCCUUUGAAGGCUAUAAUGCUUGCAUCUUUGCCUAUGGGCAAACUGGAUCUGGAAAAUCAUACACAAUGAUGGGUACUGCUGACCAGCCUGGAUUAAUCCCUAGACUUUGCAGUGGACUCUUUGAAAGAGCACAAAAAGAAGAAAAUGAAGAGCAGUGUUUCAAAGUGGAAGUAUCCUACAUGGAGAUAUACAAUGAGAAAGUCAGAGAUCUUCUUGACCCAAAAGGAAGCCGUCAGUCAUUAAAAGUUAGAGAACACAGUGUUUAUGGUCCUUACGUAGAUGGCCUAUCCAAACUAGCUGUUGCUAGCUACAAGGACAUCGAGUCCUUGAUGUCUGAGGGCAACAAAUCUCGAACAGUGGCUGCAACCAACAUGAAUGAGGAGAGCAGUCGGUCCCAUGCAGUCUUCAAGAUUAUCCUCACCCACACACUCUAUGAUGUGCAAUCAGGGACAUCAGGUGAGAAGGUGGGCAAGCUGAGUUUGGUGGACUUAGCGGGUAGUGAAAGGGCAACUAAGACGGGUGCUGCAGGAGACAGGCUGAAAGAAGGAAGCAACAUUAACAAAUCCCUCACAACUCUUGGGCUGGUUAUUUCUGCCCUGGCAGACCAGGCUGCUGGCAAGAACAAGAACAAAUUUGUUCCUUAUCGUGAUUCUGUGCUGACUUGGUUACUUAAAGAUAGCCUUGGUGGUAACAGCAAGACUGCCAUGGUAGCAACAGUAAGCCCAGCGGCAGACAACUAUGAUGAGACCCUUUCAACACUGAGGUAUGCAGACAGGGCCAAGAACAUCGUUAAUCACGCCGUGGUGAACGAAGACCCUAAUGCUCGCAUUAUUCGGGAGCUCCGUGAGGAAGUGGAGAAGCUGCGAGAACAGCUCACAAAAGCAGAGGCUAUGAAAUCACCAGAAUUAAAAGAACGAUUGGAGGAAUCAGAAAAGUUGAUUCAGGAAAUGACUGUCACCUGGGAAGAAAAAUUAAGAAAAACUGAGGAGAUAGCACAGGAGCGUCAGAAACAGUUGGAAAGCCUUGGCAUAUCUCUUCAGUCUUCCGGAAUAAAAGUUGGGGAUAAUAAGUGCUUCCUGGUUAAUUUGAAUGCAGAUCCAGCUCUUAACGAACUUCUGGUGUACUAUUUAAAGGAUCACACGUUAAUAGGCUCAGACAACUCUCAAGAUAUCCAGCUGUGUGGAAUGGGAAUUCUUCCUGAACACUGCAUUAUAGACAUCACCCCAGAAGGACAGGUUAUGUUAACACCUCAGAAAAAUACUAGGACAUUCGUAAAUGGUUCUGCGGUCGUGUGUCCUAUCCAGCUACAUCAUGGAGACAGAAUACUGUGGGGAAACAACCACUUCUUCAGGCUGAAUUUGCCAAAGAAGAAAAAGAAGGCCGAUCAUGAGGAUGAAGAGCGAGACAACUCUAUGAAGUGCAGUAAUAGUGUUGAGCAACUGGACAUAGAUGGUGACAAUUCCAGUGAAGUAUCUAGUGAGAUUAACUUCAGCUAUGAGUAUGCCCAGAUGGAAGUCACUAUGAAGGCACUUGGUAGUAAUGAUCCAAUGCAGUCAAUCUUGCAAAGCCUGGAGCAGCAACAUGAAGAGGAGAAGAGAUCUGCACUUGAACGACAGAGACUGAUGUAUGAACAUGAACUGGAGCAAUUACGAAGGCGAUUGUCGCCAGAGAAGCAGCAUUUCCGCAGCAUGGACAGGUUCUCCUUUCAUUCUCCCAGCGCUCAGCAGCGCUUACGGCAGUGGGCAGAGGAGAGAGAAGAGAUGUUGACCCACAGCCUGAGAAAGCUGCGAGAGCAGAUUGUUAAAGCCAAUUUGUAUGUGAGAGAAGCCAAUUUUAUCGGAGAGGAGUUGGACAAGAGGACAGAGUAUAAAGUUACCCUCCAGAUCCCAGCUUCAAGCCUUAAUGCUAACAGUAAGAGAGGUGCAAUUCUCAGCGAGCCUGCUAUUCAGGUGAGAAGGAAAGGGAAAGGCAAACAGAUUUGGUCACUGGAAAAGCUGGAGAAUCGAUUGGUAGAUAUGAGGGAUCUUUACCAGGAGUGGAAAGACUGUGAGGAAGACAACCCAGUGAUGAGAGCUUACUUCAGGCGAGCUGAUCCAUUCUAUGAUGAGCAGGAAAACCACAGCCUUAUCGGAGUAGCCAAUGUUUUUCUUGAGUGCCUCUUCUAUGAUGUGAAGCUACAAUAUGCUGUGCCAAUCAUCAAUCAGAAGGGAGAGGUAUCAGGUCGUCUCCACGUUGAAGUUGUUCGAGUGAGUGGAGAAAUAGAUGAUAGGUUGGUUGGAGGCGAGGAUAGUCCAGACUGUUCAAAUGAAAAUGACACUCAGGAGAGAAAACUUGUCUGCCAGAUUAAAAUACUCCAGGCUACAGGUUUGCCACAGCACCUCUCCAACUUUGUGUUCUGCAAAUAUACAUUCUGGGAUCAACUGGAGCCAGUUAAUGUUGCACCUGAGGUGGAUCCUUCCGUAUCUUCCAUCAGCAAGGAGCCACGGUGCAUGGUUGUCUUCGAUCACUGCAAUGAAGUUUCUGUAAAUAUUUCUGAAGACUUCAUGGAACAUCUUUAUGAUGGUGCUUUGGCAAUUGAAGUAUAUGGGCACAAGCAGAGUGGUGACCGUAAAAAUCCAGCCUUGUGGGAUUUGGGAAUAAUUCAAGCCAAAACACGCAGCCUUCGUGACAGGUGGAGUGAAGUAACGCGAAAAGUAGAACUCUGGGUUCAAAUUCUAGAGCUGAAUGAGAAUGGGGAAUACUGCCCAGUUGAGGUGACUCCUGCCAAGGAUGUGUGCACAGGAGGCAUUUUCCAGCUCAGACAGGGGCAAUCUCGACGAAUUCAGGUUGAAGUGAGAUCUGUACAGGAAUCUGGAACCUUGCCACUGAUGGAGGAAUCAAUAUUAUCUGUUGGCAUUGGGUGUGUUCAAAUAAAACAUGUAAAGUCACAAAAAGUACCUGAAAAUUAUCAGGAAGAAGAGGAUGAAAUGGACAGUUAUCAGGAUAGGGAUUUGGAGAGGCUGCGUCGGAAAUGGCUGUGUGCCUUAACAAAGCGUCAGGAGUAUCUUGAUCAGCAAUUGCAAAAACUUGUUGGGAAGCCUGAUAAAACAGAAGAUGAUGCAGAUCGGGAGGCACAGCUUUUAGAGAUGAGGCUAACACUCACUGAAGAAAGGAAUGCUGUAAUGGUUCCUUCUGCUGGCAGUGGGAUCCCUGGAGCUCCAGCAGAAUGGACUCCUGUGCCUGGUAUGGAAACUCACAUUCCUGUUAUUUUCCUUGACUUGAAUGCUGAUGACUUCAGUUCCCAAGAUAACCUUGAUGACCCAGAAGCAGGUGGGUGGGAUGCUACUCUUGUUGCAGAAGAGGAGGAGGAAUUCUUUGAACUGCAGAUUGUGAAGCAUCAUGAUAGUGAGGUGAAAGCAGAAGCCUCAUGGGAUUCCACAGUCCACGACUGUAUCCAGCUCAGUAAAGGAACAGCAGCAGAUGAAAGAGUUUACCUUAUUGUGAGAGCCACUGUCCAGCUCAGCCAUCCUGCAGAAAUGCAAUUAGUGUUACGCAAGCGCAUUUGUGUUAAUGUGUAUGGCAGACAGGGUUUUGCACAGAGUUUCCUCCGAAGAAUGUCUCACCGAAGUUCCAUUCCUGGCUGUGGUGUCACUUUUGAGAUAGUCUCAAAUAUUCCAGAGGAUGCUCAAGGAGCUGAAGAGCGGGAGGCACUAGCGAGAAUGGCAGCAAAUGUUGAAGAUGCAGCUUCAGCUGACUCUGAAGCCUAUAUUGAGAAGUACUUGCGGAGUGUGCUGGCUGUGGAGAACAUUCUCACCUUGGAUCGUCUGCGCCAGGAAGUUGCUGUAAAAGAGCAGCUAAUGGGAAAAGGAAAACUCUACCGCAGGAGCCUGAGCUCUCCCAACGUGAACCGGCUUUCUGGAAGCCGCCAAGAUUUAGCACCCCCUUAUAACCUAAGCAGUAACCGGAGUCCAAAGGUCCCAGCAGAGGGCCGAUGGGAGAGUCAACAAGACGUAUCCCAAGGUGCCGCAAAUUCCAGUAGAGGCAUUAGUCCAUCUCGUACCUCUCUGCCAGGCUCUGGGCAGCAAAACCACUCUCCUGAUCCAGGUAUUGGUAGCCUUGCUGCUUCCUAUCUGAAUCCUGUAAAGUCUUUUGUGCCUCAGAUGCCAAAGCUGCUGAAGUCUCUCUUUCCCGUUAGAGAUGAGAAAAAGGGCAGGCAGACCUCUCCUCUUGUACAGCAGGCCGUCCCACGAAUUAUGGUUCAGUCUGCCAGUAUUGAUGCCAGUGCUGCGAAGAUAAAACAGAUUAACCAAGAGGAAGCAGGGAAACAGCCAUUCGAAACUGCAGUGCAGACGUCCGAGGCAGACAAGAGUCUGGAAAAGACACCCAAAGUGCCUUUGCAGCAGCCCACAGGAGACACCCAGGCGCAGGACUCCCAGGAAGGACCUCCAAGUCCUCUGAGUGAAGCCUCCAGUGGGUACUUUUCUCAUAGUGUCUCGACAGCCACCCUCUCUGAAGCCCUUGCAGCGGGAAGUGAUGCUGUGGCUCAACCAGGAGGUCAAAUGCCUGCAGUGAGUGACUUCCCAGCUCCCGCUGUGGCUCAGGUCUCUUCUUCUGACAUGCCAGGGCGCUCGGACAGUUCUUCAGAAAGCUGUCUCGGUACUAAGAGAGAGAGUCUACCUGCUGUUAGCCUUCAAAGUGCUCACGCAAGACCUAAAGACAGCACUGAAGUGAAUGGAAAUGAUGCUUUGAAAUCAAAAUCUUGCACAUCUCCUGUGACUCCAAGUGAGCAGGCAAAUGAUGUCUCUGUAGCCACUGAUGCGAAAACCUUUCUUUCUACCUCCACUCCAAAGAAGGAGUUGUUAUCCAAACAAUCAAUGGAGUCAGCAGGACAAGCUAGGAAAAAAGAAGUGGCUUCUGGGGCUUUAGAACUGGAGUUUCCCAAACCACAGAUUCGUCCUGACCAAUCAUCCCAGCCUAGCAUUGCAGCCUCCCCCUUCAAAAUCCAGAAAGUCAAGACAUCAGAGCUGAAGUCUUUUACAAGCAUGCUGGGGACAGAUCCCACAUGUUCACUAAACACAGAAGAGCAGCAAGAAGGAGAAAAGAGCACAUCCACUGCCCGUGGACAGAACCAUAAUGGAUCAGAGAUGGCAGAAGAAAAACUGGAGGUGACUUCUGACUCCGAAGAUGCCAAUGAAACUCCUGAGUGGCUGAAGGAGGGAGAAUAUGUCACAGUUGGUGCAAAUAAGACGGGCACCGUUAGAUAUAUUGGGCCCACAGACUUUCAAGAGGGAACAUGGGUUGGUGUUGAACUGGAUUUACCUUCAGGUAAGAACGAUGGCUCGAUUGGAGGGAAGCAGUAUUUCAGAUGCAACCCAGGCUACGGAUUGCUUGUGAAACCAGGCAGAGUUAAAAAGGCCACGGGACCAGCAAGGCGGCGGAGCACCGGAUUGAGGUUGCAAGGAGGAGCCGCCGCCGAGAACAGAAAGAGUGGCAACUUCUCCGGUUCAGCCUCCAACCUGGCUUCGCUCACAGCCCUGGCGAAAUCAGAAGGAGGAUCGACACUGCGACUGGAGAAGAGCCAGAAAAAUGCGGAGAACAGGAAAUCCUGGGCAAACUGAGACAGCCCUACCCACCGCAGCAAACACAGUGCAACGCAGCCAGGGGAGCAGGGCUUCUAGCUUCGGGAAGCUAAAACCAACCACGUGAACUUCUAGUUUGUGGCAAACACUAAUGAAGGUUUUUUUUUCCUCUGCUUUGGGUGAUUGACAUGUUAAUUCUUUGCCUUGUCGUGGUGCUGGAUCUACGUCCUUCGUUUCCUGUUACAAAUUGUGACGCUUCAGGGUAUGACUGAUGGCAGCCGGUGAAAGCUUGUGGCGGUGGGUGGGUGUACGCUCUGCUCUCUUCCACCUUUCAGAGAAGGAAGAGACACAUAAAUUGUUCAAAUUAUGGCGUGGCUUUCCAAUAGCUACAAAAUACUACCCAUGCACCGGUGCUUCUCUCGGUGUGACUGGCAGUUCUAAAAAAAAAAAAAACAA